CUUCCUCUUGCGUGAGGCAGUUGCUGUGGGAACCCCAUAGGCAGGAGGUGGCUGGCACAACCUGCCCGCUUGCAUGUGCUGCAGAGUUCUGGGACUGGGGUCAUGUCUCCCCACCCCACCGCCCUCCUGGGCCUAGUGCUCUGCCUGGCCCAGAUGAUCCGCACACAGGAGGGGGCCCUGCCCAGACCCUCCAUCUCGGCUGAGCCAGGCACCGUGAUCCCCCUGGGGAGCCCUGUGACUUUCGUGUGCCGGGGCCCAGUUGGGGUUCACGAAUUCCGCCUGGAGAGGGAGAAUAGAGCCCAGUACAAAGAUAAUUAUGAUGUGUCUCUAGUUAGUCCAUUUUUGUCAGAGGCCACAUUCCGCAUUGACUCAGUGAGUGAGGACAGCGCCGGGCAUUAUCGCUGCAUCUAUCAUAAGGCCUCCAGAUGGUCUCAGCACAGUGAGCAGCUGGAGCUGGUGGUGAAAGGACCCACGCCGAGGCCCUCAGACAACUGUAACAAUGAGCAUGCCCCUGCUCCCCAAGGCCUGAAAGCUGAGCAUCUCUAUAUUCUCAUCGUGGUCUCAGUGGUCUUCCUCCUUUGUCUCUUCCUCCUGGCCCUCUUCUUCCUCCAUCGCCAGAAUCAGAUAAAGCAGGGGCCCCCCAGAAGCAAGGAUGAGGAGGAGAAGCCACAGCAGAGGCCCAACAUGGCUGUUGAUGUUCUAGAGAGAAAAGCAGACAUGGCCACAGUUGAUGCACUUCCUGAGAAGGACAGAGAGACCAACACCUCGGCCCCGACUGCAGAGGGCCCCCAGGAGGUGACAUAUGCUCAGCUGGACCACGGGGCCCUCACACGCAGGACAGCCCAGGCUGUGUCCACAGAGCCCUUGGCCGAGGCCAGCAUGUACGCAGCCAUUGUCAAACGCUGACCCCAGGGCCACCUGGCCUCUACACCUGGAGACUCUAGGAAAAGCCUGAAGCAGCCCUUUGGAAGGCUUCGGCUUGGACUCAUCCUCGUCUGGAAAGGCUCCCAGGCAGAUCUGGAGACAAGAGCUGGAGCCUGGAGGUUUCUAACCGGCAUGCGGAAGGCUCAUUAGCCAGCUGGUCCCUUCUGCAAUUGAGCAGCUCCUUGGACAGACUGUCUCUCAGCUGAUUCCAGAGACCCAGGUACAGUUACCUGGCUGUUUCUAGAGACCCAGCUUUACUCACCUGACUGUUUCCAGAGACCCAGCUACAGUUACCUGGCUGUUUCUAGAGACCCAGCUAAAGUCACCUGCCUUUUCUAGAGGCCCAGCUACAGCCAUCAGGCUAUUUCCAGAGACCCAGCUACCUCCAGUCAGCUGAUUUCCUGAGUAGUGAUGCAGACCCCAAACUGGUCCCAGGUGUCUCCGGUGAACCUCCAGUGACCCCGGAGACUUUGCUUAAUUAUCUUCCCUGCUGACCCCAAAAACCUUCCCAGAAGUCAAGUGAUAACCUUGAGACUGCGCUAUACACACACAGCUGGCAGCUAUGCCCGAUUCUCUGCAUCACGCUCUCCUCUGGCAUCAAUAAAUUAUUUUGAAGACCUCACAUCUG